AUGGUGAACUUCUCGGUGGAGCAGAUGCGCGAGAUUAUGGGCAAUCCGAAGAACAUUCGGAACAUGUCCGUUAUUGCCCACGUCGAUCACGGCAAGUCGACGCUGACGGACUCCCUGGUCUCCAAGGCGGGUAUUAUCUCUGCCAAGGCGGCCGGUGACGCGCGUUUCACAGACACUCGUGCUGACGAGCAGGAGCGUUGCAUCACUAUCAAGUCGACCGGUAUUUCCAUGUACUUUGAGCACGAUAUGGAAGACGGCAAGGGUGCCCAGCCGUACCUCAUCAACCUGAUCGACUCUCCGGGACACGUCGAUUUCUCUUCCGAGGUCACAGCCGCUCUGCGCGUCACCGACGGUGCCCUCGUCGUCGUCGACACCAUCGAAGGUGUGUGCGUGCAAACAGAGACUGUGCUGCGCCAGGCUCUCGCGGAGCGUAUCCGCCCCGUGCUCCACGUGAACAAGGUUGACCGCGCUCUCCUCGAGUUGCAGAUGGACGGCGAAGAGAUCUACCAGACCUUUGCUCGCACCAUCGAGAACGUGAACGUCAUCAUCUCCACGUACAACGACGAGCUCAUGGGAGACGUCCAGGUGUACCCCGAGAAGGGAACCGUCUCCUUCGGUAGCGGUCUCCACGGCUGGGCCUUCACCGUCGAGCGCUUCUCCAAGAUCUACGCGAAGAAGUUCGACGUGCCCAAGGAGAAGAUGAUGGAGCGCCUGUGGGGCAACAACUUCUACAACGCCAAGGAGAAGAAGUGGACCAAGUCCCAGUCGGAGAACACCCGCCGCGCUUUCUGCCAGUUUAUCAUGGACCCCAUCUGCACGCUCUUCACGUCCAUCAUGAACGACGAGAAGGAAAAGUACACCAAGAUGCUGGGUAGCUUGGGCAUCGAACUCAAGGGUGACGACAAGGACUUGACGGGCAAGGCGCUGCUGAAGCGCGUCAUGCAGCUCUGGCUCCCGGCCGGCGACACGCUGCUGGAGAUGGUGGUCCGUCACUUGCCUUCUCCGUUCGCGGCGCAAAAGUACAGAGUCGAGAACUUGUACGAGGGCCCGAUGGACGACGAGGCUGCGCAAGGCAUUCGCAACUGCGAUCCGAAUGCGCCGCUGAUGAUGUACGUCAGCAAAAUGGUUCCGACUUCCGACAAGGGUCGCUUCUACGCGUUUGGUCGCGUCUUCUCCGGAACGGUGGCGACUGGCCAGAAGGUCCGCAUCCAGGGGCCGCGCUACGUGCCGGGCGAGAAGACCGACUUGUACUUGAAGAGCAUCCAGCGCACGGUCAUCAUGAUGGGCAAGUACGUCGAGCACGUGCAGGACGUGCCUUGCGGCAACACCUGCUGCCUGGUCGGUGUGGACCAGUACCUGCUCAAGUCGGGUACGCUGACGACCCUGGACACUGCGCACAACAUCGCGGACAUGAAGUACUCGGUGUCGCCCGUCGUGCGCGUGGCCGUGAAGCCGAAGGACAACAAGGAGUUGCCCAAGCUCGUGGAAGGUUUGAAGAAGCUGUCCAAGUCGGACCCGCUGGUCGUGUGCACGACCGAAGAGUCCGGCGAGCACAUCAUUGCCGGGUGCGGUGAGCUCCACGUCGAAAUCUGCCUGAAGGAUCUCCGCGACGAGUACGCGCAGAUCGACUUCACGGUCUCCGACCCCGUCGUCUCGUACCGCGAGACUGUCUCUGCGCCGUCGCACAUGACUUGCCUGUCCAAGUCCCCGAACAAGCACAACAGGCUGUACAUGGUGGCCGAGCCGUUCCCCGACGGGCUGGCGGACGCCAUCGAGGCUGGCCAAGUCAACGCGCGCGACGACCCGAAGGAGCGCGCGAACGUCUUGGCUGAGAAGUACGACUUUGACAAGAACGCAGCUCUCAAGAUCUGGUGCUUCGGCCCGGAGACCACUGGCGCCAACAUGCUCAUCGACACGACUCAGGGAGUGCAGUACCUGAGCGAAAUCAAGGAGCACUGCAACUCGGCCUUCCAGUGGGCGAGCAAGGAAGGUGUGCUCUGCGAAGAAAACAUGCGAGGCAUCCGCUUCAACCUGACCGACGUCACCAUGCACGCCGACGCCAUUCACCGUGGCGCUGGCCAGAUCAUGCCGACGUGCCGCCGCGUCCUGUACGCUUGCCAGCUGGCCUCCGCGCCGCGCCUCCAAGAGCCCAUGUUCUUGGUCGACAUCACCUGUCCGCAGGACGCUGUCGGAGGCAUCUACUCGACGCUCAACACCCGUCGCGGCCACGUCUUCCACGAGGAACAACGCUCCGGCACGCCCCUCGUCGAAAUCAAGGCGUACCUCCCCGUCGCGGAGUCCUUCGGUUUCACCACCGCCCUGCGUGCAGCUACCUCCGGACAGGCCUUCCCGCAGUGCGUGUUUGACCACUGGAGCACGCUCAACGGCGAUCCCCUCGAGAAGGGGUCCAAGAUGGAGGAACUGGUCCACAACAUCCGUACCCGGAAGAACCUGAAGCCGGAGAUCCCGCCCUUCGACAACUACUACGACAAGCUGUAA